GCCGCCCCGCCCUACCCAGCCCGGGAACCAGGAGCCGCGCACCAGCUCUAGUGGCGGCAGCCGCCGCACCCCCUGGCCCUACUGUCCCUAGGCCGCCCCACGCUGCCCACACCCACUCGGCCGACCCGUGGCAGCCGGGGCCUUGGAGCCGGCGCCGCCUGACGACUGGCUGACGUCAUAGGUGACGCCGCGGCGGGCGGGAGCGGGGACGGCGCAGGAGGGCGUUUCCGGAGCACGCGCCCGGCGAGGGCUGCUGACGUCGGGCUCAGGUGCGCGCGCUUGCCCGCCCGCCCGAGCGCGGCCCAGGUGGCGGCCCGCAGCGUCAGGUGGCGGCCAGUAGCGGGCCGCGGCGAGAGGGUGAGAGUCCGCGGGUUCCGAGGGAGCCGCCCCCGCCUCGGCCCGCGCCCUGCGGGGCCCCGCCGCACCCGAGGGGAUGGAGAGCCGCCUACGAGGCCCCAGCACCGCCCGCGAUCCCACGCUGGCCUGCCCUCGCUAGCUGCUCGAAUUUUGCGUUUUACCCACCACCUAGGCCUUGUCUCCUGAGUCGGUGGCGUUGCGGUUCGAAAGAAAUGGAAGAAAAGGAGCGAUGUGACCAAUUCCGUUCGGUCCUCCUGCAUUGAGGCCUGGUUGGCAUUUGCAGAGAGGAAAAUACAGCAAGAAAAUCGUCGGGGGUGUUUGGAGGGGAGGGUGGGAGGAAGGAAGCAAGGUCUUAGAUUUCCUAUGAUUUUUGAAAAAAUUCUGCACUUUGACAGCGGUGGCGAAAUAACACUAAAUCCAAAAGUGAUCUUCCUAUUGAAAAGAGAAGAGGUGGAUUUUCUUUUCCUUUUGAUUCCAACCUCUUCUCCCCGUGACCAAGCAUAAAUCAUGGACAUCAGAAAAUAAGGUGGACCUCAGGAAUCCUGGAAAGACUGAGAAGCUUACUUACAUUCUUCCUCUGGAGGGAAGAAGGGUGGGGUGUUUUCAGCCCUCUCUGGAGCCUAAAACGAAAACAUGAGUUGCGUGCCAUGGAAAGGAGACAAGGCCAAAUCUGAAUCUGUAGAGCUGCCCCAGGCAGCACCCCCACAAAUCUACCAUGAGAAACAGCGCAGGGAGCUUUGUGCCCUGCAUGCCCUCAAUAACGUCUUCCAGGACAGCAACGCCUUCACCCGCGAAACGCUGCAAGAGAUUUUCCAGAGGCUGUCUCCGAACACCAUGGUGACGCCCCACAAGAAGAGCAUGUUAGGAAACGGGAACUACGAUGUGAACGUCAUUAUGGCAGCACUUCAGACCAAAGGCUACGAAGCUGUCUGGUGGGACAAGCGCAGGGAUGUCAGUGCCAUUGCUCUCACUAACGUCAUGGGCUUCAUCAUGAACCUGCCCUCCAGCCUGUGCUGGGGUCCACUGAAGUUGCCUCUCAAAAGGCAGCACUGGAUCUGUGUUCGAGAGGUGGGAGGUGCCUACUACAACCUCGACUCCAAACUGAAGAUGCCCGAGUGGAUUGGAGGCGAGAGCGAGCUCAGGAAAUUUCUAAAACAUCACUUGCGAGGAAAGAACUGUGAACUCCUGCUGGUGGUACCAGAAGAGGUGGAGGCCCAUCAGAGUUGGAGGGCUGACGUGUAACGCAGUUCUACCCAUCCUUCCCUCACCUCAGCCCCGAAAUCAUCUGUAACGUGCUGUGGCCUAUACAGCGGGUCUGCCCCUGCCACUUCCCCAAACAUCUCACUGGGUCUUGCCCUCAGAUUUGACAGUGCAAUAGGACAGACGUGUGGACUGUUACGAGAAGCAACCAGCGUUACUCGUUCCUGGGAAAGGAAGGUAGGAGCUCUGUGUGCUUAGGGCCAGCUCUGGAAGACCCUUGUUUUAUUUCAGAGAGGAGAAAGGAAGGUGGGUCCCAGCUUAUUUUCCCCAUUCCCACGAGAACUUGACAGAGGCUCUGCUGGAGUUCACUGCUGCUGUGACUCACCUGGAGAUGCUGCCUCCACUUCCCCUUUCCUGGCAACCAGUGGGUCUGAAGACAUAGUACACGCGAAGCCCACACGACUGGCUUGACGGACCCAGAGCAGAAGGGCCUCUCAGGAAACCAUCUCCAAAAUGCCAGCAGUGGUACAGCAUGCCGUCUCCAACCCUUAAUGCCACCCAUUACCCCCGUUUUUAAGGGUGGUCAACGGCCAUCCUUGGAGUCUUAUAAUGAAAAGUUCUCUAGCGUUCCACGCCGGGUGGUUGAGGCCCGCAAUAUUCUAGUGUGACAGGGUGAGCUAGAUACCUAAGAGGACGUGGCGGAAGCCAGACUGGGGCAGGCCCGGGGGGCCUGUCCGCCUCGCUCCAGCGUCGUCCCUGCCGCUUCACUACAUUGAUUUAGGGGGCUCUGGGCACAAGGCAGGCAAAAGGGCAGUUUUCCCAGUUGACACACUCUGGCAGAGUCAGGAAACAAGUCUGCUUUUGAUAGCAAAUUCCACUAGUUUGAGACACAGCUGGGUGAGGCAAGUAUCGUGAAGACAAGCUUCUCAGAGAUUAAGAGCCGUUAGAACUGGUAGAAGUCCCAGGCUGAGUCCCUAUAGUGACAAGAGUCAGAGCCCUCCAGUUGGGUGUUUAUGUGCAUCACGUUAGAGGACCCGGGUUUGUCAUGUCUUUGGUUUCCUUUACAGGUCAACUGAAAGUUGAUCUACCCCCUACCUCUUGAAACAGCUGUAGGCCACUUUUCUCCUGUAACUUUGGAAAACAGAAGAGAAGGAGGGGAAGUGUACCACAUGGCGUGUCACCAAAGUGGUCGUAGUUGCCUCGAGGCGGGGGGCGGGGCGGGCGGGGAUGGCCUGUCUGCCGCUUACACAUCCACGGUCUUGGCAGGUCUGAGAGCUGCCCCGCUGGCCACACGCCUCUCCAGCGGCAAAGCCAGCCUAGGGCUUGCGCGUCAAGACUGAGCAGGCUUGACAGGACGAAGCUGAGGCUUUCUCCCCACUGUGACUGGAGUGCAUGUUUACACCAGCACUUUUUCUGCACAUGUAUCUUCAAUCCAACAAGGCCGUUUUUUAUGCUGAGUAACAGAGGCCACCAAGCGGCUACUGCAUUACACCCUCUCGGCAACUGGCUGCAGUCUCUUCUGCACCAUUUUCCACACCAGACCUGCUUGGCACCACAGGGAGCUCCUUACCCCUGCACAAUGACAUUCCAACCACCACCAGCCAGAAGUUACAGCCAACCUGAUUGUCACGAGCAGGACCUUGGGUCCACGGGCACUGCCAGUGAUAGUAAGCCAUUUCCUGGGAGGGGGAGGAGGGAACUCCUCUCCACCAAUCUGCUUGGGCCUGUGCAAAUGGCACUUCAAAGGAGUGUCCGUGCACUUGGAGUCCAUGAGCCAAUGGGAUAUGCAAAGACGCUGACACAUUUCAGGGCUGGUUUCUCUGUUCAUAUCCAAUUCUGGUGCUUAGGAACAGGGACCCAUGCUGAUGCCCAAGGGCAAAAAGCCCCAUGUCCUUUAAGGAAAGGGGCAGGCCUGACCCUGAUGCCCAAUAAGGGGCAACCCUAGGCUUUUUGUUUUUCUUGCUUUUAUUCCUUUUUUUUGUUGGCCUUGUGCUGGGUUUGUUUACAAAAGAUGUAUUUUGUUUAACCAAAUAUUAAAAAUGGAAAACUCCGUA